UUAUAUUUGUGUAAAUUAGCUAAAAUGAUCGCCACACAAAUGUUGGACCUAGACAUUUUCGUUGCGCUCAUACCAUUCGGCCUAGUGUUGAUUUGCAUAUUAUGGAGUGGGUUCCCUAAAGGUUCUGAGAAACUCAUUGCUACAUGGGCAUUAAUUGAUGGCUGUGUCAUCCAUAUUUGGAUUGAAGGGGUUGUGUGCCUAACACGUCGAGGUCCACAAUCGAUGGUGAAAAAAUUUGAUGACUUUGAUACAAGAUAUAGAGAUUAUGAACCCAACGCAAUGGCCAUGGUUUGGUUGGAACUAUUAUUUCAAGGUCCUGGAUGUGUAAUAUGGUACCAUUCGAUAGUAAAAAAUCGCUGGUACAGACCAUUUGUUGGAAUCAUCGUGUGUUCAUCGUUUGUGUAUGGUACAAGCGUUUUUGUUAUCGCUGAGGUUAUGGAUGGCUGCAAGCACAUUGUUAUGGAAAACUGGCCACCGUCUUUUACUUCGUCAAAAGAUGUCGUGAAUUUCUGGAUAAUAUUCGUGUUUGCAAGCACAUUUUACAUCGUUUGGCCUAGUAUAAUCAUCAUUAAAUACGUUAUGGAGUUUAGACCCACUAAAGACUUCGAAAAUAUUGUGAAGAAGAGAAGAGUUGAAAAGAUUGAAUAGAAGAGUCUUUAUACAAUAAUUAAUUUCACCAUAUUUUUGAUAAAAAUGUUAAUUUUUGAAAUCCCAUUUUUUCUCAAAUUA